CACCCUGCCUCAAGCCCUGGUCUAGACUGAUCAAUAGGUGACCUUUGCCCGGCUCACUGGGCCCUCGGUGCCCGCUGCCCUGGGGACAAUAUAAAACAGGUCAGAACCCUCUUGCCUACCCGCUCAGUUCAUCCCAAGAAGCUGCUGCUCCAGGACUAGAAGAAGCCUUAGACACCCAUCCAACCACAGACAGAAACCCUGAGGCCUGGCGCGCAGGAAUCUACCCCAAGUCACACAGCGUGUUAGUGGCUGAAACCAGGCCAGAACCUGAACGAAGGUGCCAUGCAGCCUCGGGUCCUCCUUGCUGCUGCCCUCCUGGUGCUCCUGGCCUCUGCCCGAGUUUCGGAGGCUGAAGACGCCUCCCUUCUGGGCUACAUGCAGGACUACAUGCAACACGCCACCCAAACAGCCAAGGACGCGCUGAGCAGUGUGAAGGAGUCCCAGGUGGCCCAGCAGGCCAGGGGAUGGAUGAGCGACAGCUUCAGCUCCCUGAAGGACUACUGGGGCGCCAUUACGGACAAGUUCUCGGGGUUCUGGGAUCCGACUGAGGCCUCACCAGCCCCAGCCUCUGAGGCUGCCUAAGACCUCCACCCCACAAGCCCGCCUGCCCAGCCGCCCUGCAGCCCCUAGAGCUGCCCCCAAGUCCGUUUCAAAGGGACAGCGUUCUCAGUGCCCCCCCACCCUGCCCCAGACCCAGCCCAGCCCCGGGCAUGCUGUCCUCCCAAUAAAGCUGCAUGAGAAGCUGCCCUGAGUGGGACAUCUGGCACAUGCCAUGCAUGUCUGUGCACAGCAGUGGGCCGUAGCUGUCCUGUGGGUGGGCACUGGACUGACUCUGACUGGGGCAAGCCUGCGGCCGAGCCCUAGCCUGUGGUUAGCGUCUGGGUGAUGCCUGGGUCUGAGUCUCUUCACCUGGAGGGUAGAAUAACCUCACCUGCCCCACCUGCCUUGUCAGGUUUGUGUGGAAGAGCAAACAGGAUAAUAGGUUGACAAUAUUACUUGGAUAAACUAUCAAAAGCUGUGCAAUCUGACUUGACCAUGUGCUCUGUGGCGGGCACUGUGCCUGGCAUUUUAUCGGAGUUGAGACUGUGUGUGUGACUUGCACUACCGAGGCCGCCUGACCCUCCCACCACCCUUGAGGGAAGGAGGCUGAUGGGGUAAUUCUGGAAUAAGAUACAACUGGGCUCUGGGCUUGACUCCCCCCUCCCCACCCCAUCACUUAAUACCAGCCUCAGUUUCUUAUCUGUAAAGUUGGCACAACAAUCCCCCCACCAUUGCAGCUUUGUUGAAUGAAUGAAUGAAAUGAGAUGGCACACAGCACCUGGCACACCAAAGGUGCCUGGUGAGUGGGUGUCACUGUUGCUAUCGGCUGAGCAGAUUGUCCCUUUGGGACAAGGAUUGGAGUAGGGGAUCAGUGUCCUGGGAAAAAAGAAGGAACCCAAGGUCACCCAACAGAGGCUGCUCCCCUUGUGUCCCCACCACCCAACAGAUGCUCACGUCAAAGUUCCAGAACCACAGACUACUUGAGUAGACCCCCACUCUUCCAGUGAAAAAACAGAGGCUCAGAAAGGUGAAAGCAUCUGCCCAGUGUCACAGGGUCAGCAAAUGGCAGAGCUGGACCUCAAGCCCAAGUCAGCAGCCGGUAUUCUGCUCAGCUGACACAGAAACCAGCUUCAUGCCAGGCACAGCAGAGGGCUCCUUGGCAGACGUGGCGGCUUUACUGCACCCAGCCCCACCUGGAGACGCGUGCUCCCUCUCUGGAAAUCCACCUGGGUUUCUCUUCUGGCCCAGCUGGGCCGGGGAUCCCAGCAUCCACACCUGGAAAGUGUUCUUGCC